AUGGCCAGUACUCAUCACAGUCAUUCCCUUUCAUGUGCGGUUGUUUUUGUUGCAGUACUGUCGGCAGUUUCCAGUACUGCUGGUGCUUCACGGAGAAUGCUGCAGCAGCAGAGCAGUCUGGCGCAGCAGUUCCUGGCGCCGCACAACAGCCUGCGCGGGAGCCUGGGGCUGCCGCCGCUGCGGUGGAGCGGCGCGCUGGCGAGCUACGCGCAGUGGUGGGCCGGGCAGCGGAGCGGGGACUGCGCGCUGGUGCACUCGGACACCAACUACGGGGAGAACAUCUUCUGGGGGGGCGGGGCGGGGUGGCAGGCCGGGGACGCGGUGGCGGCAUGGGCGGCCGAGCGGAGUUACUACGACUACGGGUCGAAUGCGUGCCGGCCCGACGAGGACUGCUCGCACUACACGCAGAUGGUGUGGCGGCAGAGCCAGUGGCUCGGCUGCGCCCGCGUCGUCUGCGCCACCGGCGAUACCUUCAUCACCUGCAACUACGACCCCCAUGGCAAUAUCAUGGGCCAGAAGCCCUUCUAACUACUAGCACAUCACCUGAUUGGUUACUGUUGAAAUUAAAACCGA